GUGGCGUUCCUCCCACCACCCGAGCCCCCCCCGCCCCCUCUCCCUCCUGGCGGCAUUGCAGUGAAUUCCGCACAGAUCUGUAGGGCCAGAGGCCCCUCCCGCAUACCAGCAAUACCCCACAGGGCCGCCCCUUCACCCCUUUAAAUGGCCAUAGCAGUGGCACUGAAAGGAGGGGAACAAGGAGCUCCUGAAGGGUUGUGUGUAAAACUCUCUCAGGAUCGCCUGGGGUUGACACCAGUUUUUUCCAUUCCUGGUAUGAUCUCUCUUCUCUGCUGUUUAGGCGAAAGCUUGCAGUUACCAUGGAAGAGGAACUGCCUCCCUCUUUGUUCUUCCAGCAUCAGUACAUGUGCUCGGAGUGUGGACUCCUCUACAAUACUUUGGAGGAGGUACUGAUCCACCAUCAGAGCCAUCUAGGCGAGCCCUAUGAGCCUGAAGCUGCUGCCACUGUUGUAGACACAGGGCCCCAGCAGGACAACCGCUACCAGUGCCUGGAGUGUGGCUGUGUCCUGUGGUCACCUGACGAACUGCUAGCCCACCAAGAAGUGCACCCCAGAGAGGUGCCAACCCGGCCUCAACCUCCACCAGCUACCAGUGGACAGAUCCGCUACCAAUGCAAUGAGUGUAAUGAACUCUUUCCUUCUACCAGCCUAUGGCUAGCACAUCGCCAAACGCACCAGAAACAAGAGGCUUCACCUGAGGCCCCCCUGUCAGCCCCACCAACCUCCCAGCCAGCUCCCUUGCCUCCUCUCCAAUCAUCUGUUCCACCACCUUCCCAGCCAGCCUCCCCACCACCCUCUCAGGCAUCACUUCCAUCACCUCCUCAGCCAACUCCACUCAUGCAUCCCUAUGAGUGCUCAGAGUGUUCUUGCCUCUUCCCAACUCCUGAAGAGCUGCUGGACCACCAGGGUGAACACUUUACUGAGAUUGAGAAAGAGAGCAGUGAGCCAUCUGAAACAGCAGCUCAGGAGAUUUGCAGUCAACGUGUGUCCCCGCUGCCAUGCCCUGAAGAACCCCCUGCUGUGCCCCCACCUGCUCAGGCCUUCUGUUGCAGUGAGUGUAAGCAGGCCUUUGGGACAGUGGAGGCACUGCGGAGGCACCAGCAGGAGCACAUGGGGAGCAGUGAAGAGUUUCUUUGUGGCGAGUGCCAGCGUGGUUUCACAACAGCCAAGCGGCUGUUGGCUCACCAGCGAGUUCACGUCGAUGGCACAUACGAAUGUCCCAACUGCAACAAGAUAUUCAAAAAGGCAGCAUCCCUUGAGCAGCACAUGCGCAUCCACAAAGGUGAGGCACUCUACCUCUGCGUGGACUGUGGGCUUGGCUUCUCUACCGAGAUGACUUUGAUCAUGCACCGCAAGAGCCAUACAGCCAAUCCCCUGCACCGCUGCCAUUGUGGCAAGACUUUCAGCAACAUGACCAAGUUCCUUUACCAUCGGCGCACACACGCUGGCAAGAGCGGCAUUCCACCCACUCGUGGGGCUGGGGAUCAGGCACCCAGCCAACCUCCUGAACCAGCGCCCAGCGACAGAGAAUCAACUGUAAAUGGCUCAGCUUCCCCUGCCGUCGCUGCCUCCUCCCUGCCAGGGACAUCAGUAGAAGUGCCCAGUGCUGGGUUUCUGUGCCCUCAGUGUGGAAAGGCAUUCUCCACCCACAUCCGGAUGGUGCGGCACAAACGGGUGGUGCACGUUCUGGAGCGCAAGCACAAAUGCCCCACAUGUGGCAAAAAGUUCAAGAAGUUGGUGCAUGUGCGGAACCACAUGCGGACACACACUGGUGAAAGGCCAUUUCAGUGCUCUGAGUGUGGCAAGACCUUUGUCUCCCAGGCAAACUUAGCGCGGCACCACGUGACACACACUGGAGAGCGCCCCUACCAGUGCCAGGUGUGUAAUAAGCGCUUCACCCAGUCCUCUAAUCUUCGCCAGCACCGCCUCUUGCACAUGGCGCCUAACGGAGAGGGGCCUCACUCCUGUGAAGACUGUGGAGUAGCUUUCUCCCGAGCCCAUCAACUGGCUCUGCACCGGACCGUGCAUACGGGGUGUUUGCCCUUUCCUUGCCUAGAAUGCGACAAAUCUUUCCCACGCCGUCGCCUCCUGGAACUGCACCGGCUCAGCCAUUCUGGGCAUGAGCCUCACCGUUGCCCGGAUUGUGGGGCUCUCUUUGUUACGGCUUCCAAGUUGCAGGAGCACCGCUGCGCUAGGCGCCGCGACCAGGCGACUCUGCAGUCCUUCCUCUGCAUGUCUUGUGGCAAGUACAUGGGCUCGUUGGCCAAGCUGGCGCUACACCAGCUGGUACAUUCAGGCCAGCGUCCUUACCCUUGCCCACUCUGUGGGAAAGCCUUCACCACCCCCAGCGGGCUGAGCCGGCACCAACAGCGCCACGCUGGCCUGCGCCCCCACAAGUGCUCUGUUUGUGCCAAGACUUUUGUGGCGGCCUCUGGGCUUCAGCUGCACCAGCGUAUCCACACAGGGGAGCGCCCUUUCCCCUGCCCCGAGUGCGGUAAGGCGUUCCGGCAGGCUACCCACCUGCGGGAGCACCGGCGCCUUCACACCGGUGAGCGCCCCUACCGCUGCCCAGACUGUGGCAAAUCUUUUGUGCAGUCCAUGCACCUUGCUGAGCACCGGCGCAUCCACACUGGGGAGCGCCCCCACCCCUGCCCACUCUGCCCCAAGACCUUCAAGACUCUUUCCAACCUGCGAAGUCACCGCAAGACUCACACUGAACUGGCUUCUAGUCAGGAGGCGCUCCAGUCUACAGGGGCUCUCGUGGCUACUGGCCAGCCCACCCAGAUUAUCAUGUGCACUGAGUUUGGGGAGGCUAUUGCUAUCAUUGAAAGCACUGAGCACCUCCCCUUGGUAGAAACUAUAGAGAUCUACCAGACGACACUAGAAGGCAACAUUUAGGUGACUGCCUUUGUUCAGGGACUGAGCAACCACAGUCUCUUCUUUGCUCAAGGGCUACAGGAGGGAGAGUACUGUUCCCUUUCCUCCAUGCAUCAGUUUAGCAUGGUCUAUCAGUGACAGAGCCUGCAGACCAAUCUCAGUGCCCUGAUGCAAUCUGUUCAGUUUUGUGGUGGGACCUGGCUCAUAGCCUCACCUGGAGGUUUCUUGAGGCAAUGCCUUUUUUGUGUGCAGCGGGCAGUGCUGUGGAAUGGCGUCAGACUGCUUGUCUCUGCCACAACUUACAUGUUUAUUGUAAAUUAAAGCAAAAAGUUCUGUUGUACUGUUAAAUUAUUCCUGUUGUGUCUCUGAUUAGGAGACUCUAGGAAUGUGCCUGCCUGCUGCUAGCUUGUCUGUAAAAGUCAACUCUCUAGUAGUGUUCAUCCACUCCCAGGAAAUAGAUGGCAUCAUUUCCUGUUGAUCAGAGAGCAAUGAAAGCAAAGCCUUUGCUUUUCAUGAUGAAGUACUGUUGCCUGAUUUUGAUAGUGGGAAAAUACCUCUUUGAUAAUUUUACAGAAAGAAGGGUUGACACAUGCAGCUCCUCUCACCGGAUGAGCCAUGUUUGUUAAAGCUAUCCCUUCUGUGCAACAGGUUGACAUAUGGGGUCUCUGUUUCGUUUUGAAGAUGUAACCCUUGCUGAAGGUCUGGUCCAGUUUUAAUUUUUUUCUUAAAUAAAAGUGGGGGAAUGGGACCAAUAUCUUGUUUAGGUCACUUGGGGUAUCUCGAUCAA